AUGCAGUUCAACUGUGGGAGAGUUCUAGAAGCCUGUAUUGUUUUGCUUGAAGGAAGGGUAUAUAAAUCAGAGCAUCCUGCUGCUAUAGCCAGCUCCGCAACUGCUCGGUUGAUAUCUGAAGUCAGGAAACACGUAUCAGCUCAAUCUGACAGACUGGGAUUUUCAGCUCAGUACCAAAUGACGUCGCCGUUUCUCAUCACAACGUUAAUUCUUCGUACGCUGCUUGCGACGACGAAAGUCCCUGUCAACAGCACAAUGAGGCCAUCGGUUGCACCAACAAACAAGACUCAAACAGCACUUUCGAACGUUAAAAAGCCUUGGUUGAAUGAGCCAGCUUCAACAUGGGUUGAAAUUCGCUUGGUGACCAGAAAAGGGAUUCACUUGAUCAUGUUCCCAAAUGGCACAGUAGCCGGAACCUGGAACAGCUCUCUAACAAUGUUAUAUGGAUUGUUUCUUAUUCAGUCCCACGGACGGGGCACAGUGAGGUUAAAGAGUUUGACAACGAUGAAAUAUAUAGCGAUAAGCAACGAUGGUCAAAUUUACUCAACGGCCAACUCGUCAAAUGAAGACACCCUACUAAAACACGCUCAGGAGGAGAAUCACUUCUACUCAUUCAGCUCCUACUUGUAUCCAACUGAUCAGGCUCACGUAUCCAGUAAAUGGCUACUUGCAAUUGGAUCAAAAGGACAAAUGAGGAACGCUUCAAGGGUGCAACUCCAUCACAAAUCUCAUCAGUUCCAGAUUAUUGAAAUACGAAACAAAAGGGAAAAGAUCGAUUUGAGUGCGUUGUUGCGUCCCAAAGGAAAGUGAAAACGACGUCAGAGACUGGCUGGGACCUAUGUAUUGCCAUGUAUGUUGCUGGAGACUGUUCCUAUAUCGGGGAAAGCAAAAGCUUUUGGAACUCGCGCGGAGCCGAAGAUGAUGAUCCAAGCCGCAUCAGCAAAUUAACACAAUGCUGAUCAGUCAACGGAUCACAAUAUCUAUCCAAGUCACGCCCAGAUCCUCGAAAACAGUGUAGCCAACUGCAGAACAAAACUUUUCUUGUGGGAAUCGUGGCAUUCCACUUUUAACAGCUACGUCGUUAACAGAAGGAAAGCUAUCACUCUCGCUCACAUGCCUUUGAUUUCAAAUUAAAAAACAACUAGAAGAAACUAAAAGCUUGUACCGCGAGCUACACUGAACCCAGCCUGCGUGUAAUCCGAUGAAACUUUCACCAAGUGUACGACAGACUCUGACGACUAUUUUUUUUUUAAAAAAUAGGCAACAUAUUGCACUACAGUGGAAGCUCUCUUACCGGACACGCUCGUCAGCGGACAGCUCUACUUACUACCGUCUUCACAAAACUACGUUUGAACUCCCAUACAAACUCUGUAUUUACUCAUUCCCGUAAGCGAAAGCGGCCGCGGACGCCUUGGGGGCGUACGAGCUAGCGGAUACCCAAAAGGAAUUGGUCAUGACUUUAAAAGUUAUAAUUACUCGUAAGCAUUUGUAAAAAUUUACUCGUAUAGACCUAAACAUAUGUAUUUUUUUCGGACAAAAUUAACCUUAAGACGGUUUCCGAACCCUUUAUUUUCCCGCGGUAUACAAGGAAUUUAGUUGUGAGCACACAUUUUUUCCACAAACACUCUGUACAUAUUCAUCCAUAUAAGGACACCACUGAAUAUAUAAGCAGGAGAGCCUCUCAGCAGGCAGGGAGAGCCUUGUUUUCUUAACAGUGAAAUGCCGAAUAUAAUUCAAGCUUACCCAAGUAUAAAUAAAUCAACCCGCCGAACAACAUCCUCGCAUACCUUAUUACAGUCCGCUGCUCUUUCCAACCAUUGCAGUUUGAAUUAUUACCCGAGCCCGCAAGUAAGGCAAGGGAUGCGCAAAAAGCUGUGCAGUCCGUUUUCUCGCUCUGCAAAUAAGGCCUAUACGGGGUGUAAGUAUCUUAACUUUCAUCCUUUCGGUAAACCUCAAACUAGCCUUUUUUACGGUGAACUCAGUUUUCUCAUUUUCCUGACAAUAUAGUCUAACAUGUGUGUGACGCAGUUUAGGACAAUUUUGAAGUUUCCCCACAUCCACGUUGGUUAGGCAGAUAAGAAAAGCUAACCGUGAAAAAGGGUUGUGCGGCCCGCAUCCUAGUGUUGGCAUCACGAUAAGUUUCCAAUUUCGUUUCUAUCGAAGGAGAAGAUAUUGAAAUCCACCCUUAGGCCCAGUUCAGACGCCGAACUUUUCAUGAGCCAAACCUAAUACGUUGAAUUAAGUACAUGAAAAGUUCGGCGUCCGAAUCAGUUAAGAACGGCUACUUGAAAUUGGCUAGCUCAGCCGGAAAUUACGGCUUUGGAACGGCUUUGAUUCAGACGUCGAACUUUCCAUGUGCCGAACCUAAUGCAUAC